CCUGGCGCUGUAAGUGGGACCGCCAGCCAUCCGCCCCGGCAGCCAGUUCAUCACCUCCAGCCCUCCGACAUCCAUGUCCAGGAGAAGGCUGCUGCAGAUCCCUCUGGACCUUUCCUGAAAGGGAGAUCCCCAUUCACUAGAUGAGUUCCAGAAGCAUCCACUGAGGCUUCUGCAGCCCACCUCUGUCCGCUGACCUUCACCACAACCUGUCUCUCAGGAUGAGUGGCUUCCUCACCUCCCUCGACCCCCGGCGAGUGCAGUGGGGGGCCGCCUGGCACGCCAUGCACUCUCGGAUCCUGCGCACCAAACCGGUGGAGUCCAUGCUGGAGGGAACGGGGGCCACCACCGCUCAUGGCACCAAGCUAGCCCAAGUGCUCACCACCGUGGACCUCAUCUCGCUCGGCGUGGGCAGCUGCGUGGGCACGGGCAUGUACGUGGUGUCUGGGCUGGUGGCCAAGGAAAUGGCAGGACCCGGGGUCAUCGUAUCCUUCAUCAUUGCAGCCGUCGCAUCCAUACUGUCAGGCGUCUGCUAUGCAGAGUUUGGAGUCCGCGUCCCCAAGACCACAGGGUCAGCCUACACCUACAGCUACGUCACUGUCGGGGAGUUUGUGGCAUUUUUCAUCGGCUGGAACCUGAUCCUGGAGUACCUGAUUGGCACCGCGGCCGGCGCCAGCGCCCUGAGCAGCAUGUUUGACUCACUGGCCAACCACACCAUCAGCCGCUGGAUGGUGGACAGCGUGGGAACCCUCAACGGCCUGGGGAAGGGAGAACAAUCAUACCCCGACCUUCUGGCUCUGGUGAUCGCAAUUAUCGUCACCAUCAUCGUUGCGCUGGGGGUGAAGAAUUCUGUGGGCUUCAACAAUGUACUCAAUGUGCUGAACCUGGCCGUGUGGGUGUUCAUCAUGAUUGCAGGCUUCUUCUUCAUCAAUGGGAAAUACUGGGCUGAGGGCCAAUUCUUGCCCUAUGGCUGGUCAGGGGUGCUGCAAGGAGCAGCCACAUGUUUCUAUGCUUUCAUUGGCUUUGACAUCAUCGCCACCACUGGAGAGGAAGCCAAGAAUCCCAACACAUCCAUCCCUUAUGCUAUCACCGCCUCCCUGGUCAUCUGCCUGACAGCAUAUGUAUCCGUGAGCAUGAUCCUAACUCUGAUGGUGCCAUAUGACGCCAUUGACACGGAGUCCCCACUCAUGGAGAUGUUUGUGGCUCGUGGGUUCUAUGCCGCAAAGUUCGUCGUGGCCAUUGGGUCGGUUGCAGGACUGACAGUCAGCUUGCUGGGCUCCCUCUUCCCAAUGCCGAGGGUUAUCUAUGCCAUGGCCAGCGAUGGGCUCCUCUUCAGAUUCCUGGCUCACGUGAGCGCCUACACCGAGACCCCCGUGGUGGCCUGCAUCGUUUCGGGGUUCCUGGCAGCUCUUCUCUCCCUGCUAGUCAGCUUGAGAGACCUGAUUGAGAUGAUGUCCAUCGGCACCCUCCUCGCCUACACCUUGGUCUCCGUCUGCGUCUUGCUCCUUCGAUACCAGCCCGAGAGUGACAUUGACGGCUUUGUCAAAUUCCUGUCUGAGGAGCACACGAAGAAGAAGGAGGGUGUUCUGGCUGACUGUGAGAAGGAAGGCUGCUCUCCCAUGAGUGAAGGGGAAGAGUUCUCCGGCCCAGCCACCAACACGUGUGGGGCCAAGAACCUGCCCUCCUUGGGAGACAAUGAGAUGCUCAUAGGGAAAUCAGACAAGUCGACCUACAACAUCAACCACCCAAACUACGGCACUGUGGACAUGACCACAGGCAUAGAAGCCGAUGAAUCUGAAAACAUUUAUCUCAUCAAGUUGAAGAAGCUGACUGGGCCCCGUUACUACACCAUGAGGAUCCAGCUGGGCCUUCCGGGCAAGAUGGACCGGCCCACAGCCGCUACAGGGCACACGGUGACCAUCUGCGUGCUCCUGCUCUUCAUCCUCAUGUUCGUCUUCUGCUCAUUCAUCAUCUUUGGUUCUGACUACAUCUCAGAGCAGAGCUGGUGGGCCAUCCUUCUAGUCGUUCUGAUGGUGCUGCUGAUCAGCGCCCUGGUGUUUGUGAUCCUGCAGCAGCCAGAGAACCCCAAGAAGCUGCCCUACAUGGCUCCCUGCCUCCCCUUUGUGCCUGCCUUUGCCAUGCUGGUGAACAUCUAUCUCAUGCUAAAGCUCUCCACCAUCACGUGGAUCCGGUUUGCAGUCUGGUGCUUUGUCGGUAUGCUCAUUUAUUUUGGGUAUGGCAUCUGGAAUAGCACCCUGGAAAUCAGCGCCCGAGAAGAAGCCCUGCACCAGAGCACAUACCAGCGCUACGACGUGGACGACCCUUUCUCAGUGGAGGAGGGCUUCUCCUACGCCACGGAGGGCGAGAGCCAGGAGAACUGGGGCGGGCCGGCCGAGGACAAAGGCUUCUAUUACCAGCAGAUGUCAGAUUCGCAGCCCAGCACCCGGACGAGCAGCAAGGCAAAGAGCAAAAGCAAACACAAACAGAACUCAGAGGCCCUGAUUGCAAACGAUGAGUUAGAUUACUCUCCAGAGUAGGAGCACACACACCAGAAAUGUGCAGACAUGACGGUGAUUUCUUUUCAGUAAAUUCACCUGUGGGCUAGAAGGUGGAAACUUCUUUGGCUCUCAUUUCAAAACUCCAGCCUUCCCCAAAGUCAGUCCCCAGUCAUAGCCUGUCAUCUGCACCUCUGCUCUUCAUGACAGUUCUGUGGAAGGGCUUCAUCUGGCUCCCAAAACUAGUUCCCUUGCGAAAACAAACAGAAAACAACUAAAAGCUAUGAGAAAUUCUAUCAGGUGCAACCACCGAGCUGAUGGCAGUGUCUCCCAGGCCUUUGCUUUGCUGGUUGAAUUUUUUUGCUUCUUACUAAGGCCCCAAGCAGCAGGGAGUAAAACCCCUGGAGAUGUGCCAAAGCAGGUGGAGGUGGGCACACGGCAGCAUUUCAACCACCUGAGAUCUCAAGGGCAAAGCCCUGUUCUCAGCACGCUAGGCUGAGAGCCACUCCUCGAGGCCACACGGCACUUGGCACUUCCUCAGAAAGCAACAUUCUGCUCUGAAAUCUCACAAAAACAAAUUCAUGGUGAUGCAUACUUCUUUUUCCUUCACCAAGGUUCUC